UUGUUCCCAGCAUUGCUUUGCAUUCAUGGAGGCCUCUGAGGGAUUAUGGGAUGCCGCCUCCGUCUACAUCAUCUCAGAUCUCGUCUCCUGCACCAACCAGACCAACAGCACCAACUCCAGCACAGUAGAGGGCAUCGUCCUGUUUCCUUAUUACCAGCAUUCUCUGCCGACGGCCGCGCUCUUCACGCUGGCGUAUCUCUUCAUCUUCCUGCUGUGCCUGAUGGGAAACGGUCUGGUCUGUGUGAUAGUCCUGAGGAACCGGCACAUGAGAACCGUCACCAACAUCUUCAUCCUGAAUCUGGCCGUCAGCGACCUGCUAAUCGGGAUCUUCUGCAUUCCCACGACACUAGUGGACAACCUCAUCACAGGUUGGCCUUUCAGCAACACGAUAUGCAAACUGAGUGGUCUGGUGCAAGGAACGUCUGUCUGUGCCUCUGUUUUCACAUUGGUUGCCAUUGCUGUGGACAGGUUUCGCUGCAUCGUUUACCCGUUCAAGCCCAAACUUACGCUCUUUGUCGCAAAGGUGUCAAUAGGGGCGAUAUGGGUGCUCGCUCUCACCAUAAUGUUUCCCUCUGUGUUAAUGUUGACCGUCGAGCAAGAAAAAGGGCAUGUCAUGGUUCACAGUGACAACAGCACAUACCCGCUGUACUCCUGCUACGAGACCUGGCCCGACCCGGAGAUGAGGAAAGUGUACACCACCGUCCUGUUCCUACACGUAUACGUCAUUCCCCUGUUGCUCAUCAUGCUCAUGUACGGCCGGAUCGGCGCAAAGCUGUACGCCACAGCCGUCCUAGCCAGCGCUGAGCAGCCUGAUGUUCCCACGUCUCAAAGAAAGAUCCGAGUGAUAAAGAUGCUGAUUGUGGUGGCUCUGCUCUUCAUGCUGUCCUGGCUGCCGCUGUGGACGCUCAUGCUGCUGACCGAUUACGCCCGUCCAGAUGAGGACAAUCUGGAGCUCCUCACUAGCUAUAUAUUCCCUCUCUCUCACUGGCUGGCCUUCUCCAAUUCCAGCGUAAACCCCAUUAUCUACGGCUACUUCAACGAGAACUUCAAGAGAGGCUUUCAGGCCUCGUGUCAGCAUCAGGCUUGUUGCUGGGCCCGAAAGAAGACGAGAUUCAGCAUCAAACAGCCCAGAGCUGGAAGCCCUUUGAAUACGGCUGUUAGCGGCCACCCGCUCAGCCUGGGCUCGAGAACGAACCGGAUCUUCACCGAAAGUGACCUGACGGGAUGCGUUUGCCUGGAACUGGAGCACCGGAGAGUGUCGAUGGACACCAAGGGCUCUUCGGCCGAAGGGGGAAACAGCGGCAUGUCUAUAAAAAGGGAAAUUCACUUCGAAGAGAUUGAGAAGGUGUCUUCAGCAGGAGGGAAAAUAUACAAUGCCUGGGAGCGUUGA